AUGUCUGACCAGCUGACCGAAGACCAGGUUGCCGAAUUCCGAGAGGCUUUCUCCCUGUUUGACAAGAACAAUGACGGUAAAAUCACCACCAAGGAGCUUGGUACCGUGAUGCGAAGUCUGGGCCAGAACCCCAGCGAGUCCGAGCUCGCCGACAUGAUCAACGAGGUCGACGCCAACAACGACGGCACCAUUGACUUCGCCGAGUUCCUCACCAUGAUGGCUCGAAAGAUGAAGGAUACCGACUCCGAGGAGGAAAUCAGAGAGGCAUUCAAGGUCUUUGACCGGGAUAACAACGGCUUCAUCUCCGCCCAGGAGCUCCGACACGUCAUGACCUCCAUUGGUGAGAAGCUCACCGAUGAGGAGGUUGAUAUGAUGAUCAAGGAGGCUGAUGCCAACGGUGAUGGCCGAAUCGACUACAACGAGUUUGUUCAGCUGCUGGUGAGUUCUACUAUUACAUGA